ACCUCUACAGAACAUAGACUGGAGAGGUAGACAGAACAGCUUUGGUGUGCUAGUUAUACAACAAGGUCUACGGAGUUAUAGCAAACUCUAAACAGUUUUCUAGCUUUUGAAUUAUGGCCCAGGCCAAAAGUGAUAUGACAAUCAACAUGGAGAUUUCUAACGGAGCUGUUAUCCACUGUCCAGUAGGGUCAUGCAUGGAAAUGGAAGAUCGGCGGACUGGGGAUGAAGAGGAGGAAGAUGAGGUUGAACUGGCCGAAGAGGUGGAUGAAGAUAUCCACAUUGGAGAUGAUGAUGAUAGAGAAGACAAUGCAAUGCCUUCAACAGACGUGGUCAUCCAUAAAAUAGAGGAGGGGGAUAUUGUAGAAGAUGUGGAGAGAGCAGUUCUUCAAAACAAAACUACAAAAGAGGUAAAUGCUGGAGAGAUGGAGGAAGAAGUGGACAUAACUGCCAAAUUAACAAUGCCUGAGCUGCAGGUAAUGGUUGAACAGGCAACAAAAACGCAAACACAAGUUUCAGAACUUCGAAAUGAAGCUGAAGAGUUUGCAGGAGCGUUCAGAGAAGUGGACAAGGAUCGAGCAGAUCACAAGCUGGCAACGCUGUACGAAGAAGAAAGGGAAGGCAAUGAACCACAAGUGGAGACCUUGAGUGAAAGGAAGACAGAAACGCAGGAAUGCCAGGAGCUGCUGCACUCUGAGGUAAGAGAGUUUACCUGUGGCCUCCUUGAGAAAAUAAAAAAGUCCAGAGAGGAUCAAAUUCAGCAGGUAAAAAGUGACAUACUUUUGCAAGAAGAGGAGCAUGAAGAGGUGGAGGUGAAGGUGGAGAGUUGGGAUGAUGAGGGUGUAAAAAACGAUGUAGAUGAAGAGCCACGGACAGAAUCAGCAGAAUCAGUUGAAGACUUUCAGAGUCUUUGUGAAGAGGAAGAACCAGCCAAAUUUGAUAAUGUUGGCGAAGAACAAUUUACAACCAAGAUGUCUCUAUUUGAGUACUGCAAAGCAGUUGGAGAGCCAAUGCACAAAGAUGCCUUAGCGACAAAUAAUGAUGAAGAGAUGUCCACCACUUACAAUGCAGCAGAAGAAAGGGCAAUUGACUGGAUUGCACCAGGGCAACCAUCAAAUGAUAUGAUUGGUGAAACCAUAGAGGAGAUGGUCCAGAAUUCAGAUCAAUUAGUGGAAAGCAUUGUGCAAGAAUGUGAAACACUAGAGCGACUGCAACAGGUGGUGGGGGACAGAGAUCUGGAAAACUUUGAGAGAAUAGUAGCGGAUACCCAAUCAGCCAUUGUCAAUGGACCCAAGGAGACAAGAGGAGCUGAUAAAAAGGGCAUUGAAAGGAUUCAAAAUGAGUCACAAAGAGUUGUAGAGAUUUCUGUGAAGCCAAAGCAGGUCAAGAAGGAGGAGCUUCCUGCAGAGGAGGGAAGCUGUACAGAGAUAGAACAGCAACUUGAUAAACCUGAGGUUGUAGAAGAGGGGGUGUGCAAGAAGCAAGAACAACUCGGCAAUGACAAACGGGAGGUUGCAGAGGGAGGUGAUGCUGUAAAGGAACAGCCAAAACAAGUCAACCAAGAAGUGCCAACACCUAUAGAGGAGGGGGCGGGGAACUGGCUAGAAGAGCUCAAGGCUGUCAUUGAAGAUGAGCCCAGGAGGAAAGCCCAGGGGGGAUGUAAAGUGACCAUACCAGCCUGGUUGAAGGCCAGUGAGAGCUCAGAUGACCAUUUUCAAGAGCCACCGAAGCCCCUUGGCUGUGAGAUCAGAACUGUAAGUGGGGGCAGUGAAGAGGAAGUGAAUCUCAAGGCCAAAAUUCAAGAGGUCACCAUGGCGAAUGGAUUCCCUGGGCUACCAGCUGCUGUAGUUCAACAGGAAGAGGAAAAACCCCUUGUGAAGGAGACAAGGAUGGCGACUCCAGCUCAACAGGAGGGCAAUCCUCAUGACCAGCAGAUCUCCCUCUAUGUGAAGGCCGGCAGUGAUGGAGAGAGUAUCGGGAACUGUCCGUUCUCUCAGAGACUCUUCAUGAUCCUUUGGCUGAAAGGAGUCAUCUUCAACGUAACCACUGUGGACCUCAAGAGGAAGCCGGCGGAUUUGCAGGAUCUUGCUCCAGGAACCAACCCGCCAUUCAUGACCUUCAACGGAGAGGUGCUGGUGGAUGUCAACAAGAUCGAGGAGUUUCUUGAGGAACGACUCGUCCCCCCACGAUACCCAAAGUUGGUGGCAAAGCAUCCAGAAUCUAACACAGCAGGAAUAGAUGUAUUUGCCAAGUUUUCUGCCUACAUCAAGAACCCUCGUAAAGAAGCUAAUGAGGGUCUGGAGAAGGCUCUUCUGAAGUCUCUAAAGAGGUUGGAUGAGUAUUUGCAGACGCCGCUGCCUGAGGAAAUAGAUGCAAACAGUGUAGAAGAUCCUGGUGCAUCUACACGCAGUUUUUUGGAUGGACCAGAUCUCACGCUGGCUGACUGCAAUCUGCUGCCCAAACUGCACAUCAUAAAGAUUGUUGCCAGGAAGUACAGAGGUUUUGAGAUUCCUGCUGAUAUGACCAGGAUUUGGCAGUAUUUGAAUAACGCCUACCAGAGAGAGGAGUUCAUGAACACCUGCCCUGCUGAGCGUGAGAUCGAGUUUGCUUACCUGGACGUCGCCAAAAAGAUCAAAUAGUUCAGGAUGAUGAGACAAGCUCUGUUAGCUCAGAGCACUAUCACAUGCUUGUGUGUGUGUCGUAUAUAUGUGUGUGCGCUCACUGGUGGAGAUGCACUAAUACUGUGGUAUAUUGAUCCUGAAUCAGUAGAUUGACACCCAUUUUCUUUCAAUCAAUGGCAGGACCAGGAAAAAAAAAACUCUGUUACUCUUAACAACUUUGUAAGUAUCUAUCCAUCUCCAUGAAUUAUAUAGAUAGACUACUGUAGAUAUGGUAUAUUCAUAAUGUUCACCAAGGCCUUGACCAAAUCUCAUAAUCACUUUUAGGCUAUGGAUCUCUAUAUUUCUGGAUCUCUAUUUUUUGCAUUUUUUAAUUUUUACUUAUGAUUCUUCUAGUCAGGCCAGUAUAUUUACAUUUCCUAUUCACAAUAUAUAUAUA